CGUUGUUAUAGUAGCUCAGGCACGGCCACGUGAGUUGCACACACGCGGCGGCAUAGCCACACAAUCAUGGUCACGAGAGUUGCACACGCGCAAUGUCAUAGUCACAGACGGACAACCGCGGAGUUACAUGCUCUAGUUGGCAUAGUUGGUCGGGGCAACAUAGGAAGUUGCACAUCCACUGCUAGGCAGUUGGCCAAGACAGCGAACAGUGAAAACUGUACAUCUACGGGUCGAGGAAAGUUGCACAUCGACUUAUAUGCAGUUGGCCAGGGCAGUAGUCAAAGUUGCACACCUCACUAGUAGGGUAUAGUCCAGGGUGGAGGCGUCAUCAAUGAAAACAUCAUGUCCACGGGUACGAGGAAAAGUUGCACAUCGACUGUCAGUCGGUUGCACAUCAACUACCAGGCAGUUGCACCAAACGGGAAGUAAAUUGCACACAUAAAAGUUCGUCAAAACAUGCUCAUGCGGGGUCUAGUUUCAAAGAACACGCUGUGAGGAUUCCAACGGUGAAAGUGGAUCUUAAUAUUGAUGUUGGUUAAAAAAUUAUGACAUUUUUUAGAAAAAUGAAACUUCCACACCUGUUCGAAUUAGUGAAAAUUGUAUGUCUACGCGUAAAGAGAAAGUUGCACAUCGAAUAUGAGGUAGUUGCACAUCGACUGCUAUCCAGUUGCACAAAACGGGGAAUAAAUUGCACACGAAAAAGUUUGUCGAAACAUAUCCAUGUGGAAUCUAGUUUUGAAGAGCACGUCACGAGGAUUCCAACGAUGGAAACGGAUCUUAAUUCCGAUGUCUGGUUCAAAAGUUAUGACUUUUUAAAAUUUAGAAAUCUGAAUUAAAUAUGUUCACACUUGAUUCAUGGGACGUCUAGUAUAGAGUGAAUGGCUAUACAUAAUGAUUGGCUGGUAAUUACGUUUUUUAGCGUUUUUUCCUAUAAGGAAUGACAAGAGACAAAAAGUUACCUAAAAUGAUAGGCCACUCCGAAACGCUAGGGAGCAGCCGGCCAUUCCCUAGACGCGUCCAAAUAUCAAUUGGCCUUUCUACGGCGCAUCAGUACAAAGACACCUCCCUAAAAAAAUCAGUACAAAAACACGAGACCAUUCGCGGACACGAAAGCCGGAUGUUCAGUUCUAUUGCAUGCAUUUCAAAGUAGAUUUAAAAUAACCAGAUGAAAUUGAAUAAAAUUCAUCAAACACGAUGAAUGGAUUUCAUUAAAGUUCGAACAUAAUUUAUAUAAAAUGCUUGAUAUUUCGUGUGGUGGUGAUGGAACGGUAGAGGCCACGCGGCGACGGGUCAAAGUCGUUGCGGACCCGUUCCGGCGUUGCGUCGGACUUGACGAACACAGACCGCCGGGAGGCGGUGCGUAGGUCGUACCUUGCCGGCUGCCUCGUCGCACGCUCCACACAAUAAAAACGCAUGGCAAUCCAAUUGCAAUUGCUUCUUUUUUGAUGUUCAGAAACUGCUUUUUAACAAUACACCAAUAUCUGCAUGGCAAUAUUUUUUUAUCGUAACCAAAAUUCUACAAGUGAUAAAUUUGGGCGCUGCCGGUCAGAAACCAAAACCACGACCGCGCAAACCCUAACCGCCCGAUCUAAAACUUCUCACCGCCGAAUAGUCUCCCGUCAUAAUUACAGCUCGGCACAGGGCCACAAUAGAAGGCAUCCCCAAUGCUAGGCACAAAAAGGGAUGCAUCCUUUAUGAAACUGGAUAUUUUUUCCAGACAUUUAUGGCUUAAAAUCUCGUUGUAAUUUUUUUAACAACCAAUGUAACUCACUAGGAAUGUUCAACAUAUCCACCAAUGAAACCAUACCAUAACCACAUUCAUAAACAAAAUCAUACCAUGAUGCAAACAUGUAAAUGCUUUUGUCCCUAUCAUGCCAUGCUGCUGAAACAAAUAUAGUACACAAGAAGAUCUAGCCGAGUGAGGCAAGUCCUUCGUGGACGAUUGCCAUGGUGGAAUAGAUAAGGUUGCUUCUUCGUGGACCCUUCAUGGGUGGAGCCAUCCCCCCAUUAGUUACCCGCCAAAGCCACCGCGUCAGGAGAGCUAUGUUCAUGCGUUUGAAGGACAUGGUCCCGAGGCCGCCCUGGUCCCGAGGCUUGCAGAUGUCUGGCCAACGUACCAUAUGGUAUUUCUGUUUAUCACCUUCGCUGGCCCAGAAAAAACGCGCCUGGACUUUGCCGAUCUCAUGGUGUAGCGUUUCGGGCAGGCUGUAGAAGCUCAUGAUGAACAUGAGCAAGCUAUACAAGGAAAAAUUAAUGAGGAUCGUCCGUGCCGCCUUAAACAGCCAUCUCCCCUGCCAGGGCUCGAUACGGUGCCGGAGCUUGAGCACCGAAGGCCGCAGGUCCGCCACGAAAAGUCGAGAGUCACUAAUGGGGAUCCCCAAGUAGGUGGUGGGGAAGGAGCCUAAAGGACAAUUGAGUCGGUUAGUGAUACUCUGGCUCUCGGUUGGGGAGUAGCCCAUCACCAUCACUUCGCUCAAAUCGAAGUUGAUUUUAAGACCGGACAUUUGCUGGAAGCAUAAUAGGAGGGACUUUAGGUUCGUGAUAUCGACCGCGGAGCCCUCCACCAUGAUAAUGGUGUCGUCGACAUACUGCAGGAGGGAGACACCAUUUCCGUCCACCAGGUGCGGCACUAUGCUGUGGAUGACAAAAGAUGACAAAAGAUUUUCAGAUCGCACUAAUGGGGAUCCUCACAAGGAUCCUCACAAUUGAGUAUUCUUAGUACCGUCAUAGAUGAUAAAAGAUGUUCAGACUGUUCUGUCCGAACAUUUAGGGGGGUGAUUUGGUGACCCUCACAAGAAUCCGACGCUCGGACUAGGGCUGCCCUUGCAGCAUACUGUAUGCUGCAUAGAUGGCACAAUCUACUUGGCUAGAGGUCAUAGUGGGCCAUUAUCCUUAUAGCGACCUGAAAUAAUGGUGGUCAUGGGGUGAAUGUGAAUUCUUCCCCGGGAGAAUGCCGACAAAUUCUUUGGCGUCCAAAUCGACAGCAGCCGCGUCACUGUCUUACGGCACACCUCCCCUCUACCACUCUGUUUCUUUCAAGGCCGAGUAGGACUAUAGAGUGGGCAAGCGGCAGACGUGUGGGUCGUACCGACUACCGGCGAGAUGGCCUUGACCGGCGGAGACAGCGGCUGUGCUCGCGGCGGGCUCGUCUGCGUGACUGGCGCCAGCGGUUUCAUCGGCUCCUGGCUCGUCCGCCUCCUCCUCGACCGUGGCUACACCGUCCACGCCACCGUCCAGAACCUCCAGUACGAGGGCGAGACGAAGCACCUGCAGGCUCUGGAUGGCGCGGACACGCGGCUCCGGCUGUUCCAGAUGGACCUCCUCGACCCCGCGUCCGUCAGGCCGGCGGUCGAGGGCGUCCACGGCGUCUUCCACCUGGCCUCCCCCGUGACACUGCAGCCCGCACAAGACCCUGAGGCAACUUUUCUUUGCCCACAGUAACUCCAUUGCCGCGGCAUACUUCAGACAUCAGAGUUCCACUGCUCAGCCUGAAUAGAUGCAAGUUAACUUGUUCUGUGAUCCAUCGACGCAGAACGAGCUGCUGCUGCCGGCGGUCAACGGCACGCUCAACGUCCUCCGCGCCGCCAAAGACAGCGGCAUAAAGCGUGUCGUGAUGGUGUCGUCGCAGACGGCCAUGUUUCCGAGGAGGACAAACAGGGCUGGUUGGUGAGAUCAAAGGCUCCGUCCAAGAAACUGAUCGAUCUGGGUGUUCGUUUCACCCCAUUCGACAAAACUGUCAGGGACACAAUGGAUUGCUUAAGGAGCAAAGGGGAAAUCUAGCAUGUGGCCUUGAAGAAAUAUGCAUUUUGUGUAUGCCAGGUUUGAAGAUUGUUGCGGGGAAGUUUUUCUGCUGUAUGAGAACUGACGUCCUGCA